UAAACGGCUAGCGGACAGGUCAUCGAUAUUCAGACGUAGUCAGUCGAAGAGUUCAUUCCUAGAGACACCAUGAUGAAGUUCGCUUUGGCAGUUUUGGCGGUCCUGGCCGUCUCCAGCCCCCUGAAUGCCUACACAGUUCCCCGUACGGGCAAUGGUGCUCUCGCCGAUGAACUCCAGGAUUUCGUGGACUUGUUGCCCUUGGACCAGAUAGACGCAACCCUGCACAAAUACCUCGAGAACGACCCUGAAUUAAAGGAAGUCCUCACCUACCUGCACUCGUCUGAAUUAUUGAGCCUGGUCGCCGACAUCGAGGCCCUCCCAGACGUCGUCAGCCUGUUCAACUACAUGCAGUCGGCUGGCGUGGACGAAUACUACCUGGUGAACAAAGCGAACGCGUUCCUUGGACUUCCAGCCUUACAACCAUCAGCAACUCUCAUGAAUCUCAAGUCCGGUGGAGUUCGUGGUUUGAUCGACGAAAUCCACGCCUUGAUACCCGAAGACAAGCUUUGGGCUCUGUACCGUCAGAAAAUGGCCAAUGCUCCAGUGUUCGCCCAAUACAUGGCUGUCCUGAGGUCUCCUGCAGCCCAGAGAAUCGUCGACGGUGUCACCUCCGACCCGAACUUCCCCGGUUUCCUAGCCCAUGCACUCAAAUACGGCGUUGAUGUCAACCAUGCUGUCGAUUUCAUUCAGCAAUUCUUCGGCGUCACUGUCCACCUCCCAAUGAAGUUCGCUUUGGUAGUUUUGGCGGUCCUGGCCGUCUCCAGCCCCCUGGAAGCUUACAAAUUCCCGCGCGCGGGCUCGGGCGCCCUCGCAGACGAACUCCAGGACUUCGUGGAUGCUAUUCCUCUCGACGAGAUGCUGGGUAUCUUCUUCCAAUAUCUCUCGGAGGACACGGAAUUCCAAACGUUCGUCACCUACAUGCGUUCCAAAGAAUUCACGACUCUGAUCAAGCACAUCGAGGACAUGCCCGAGGUCAUCGACCUGUUGAACUACGUGCAGAAGGCUGGCCUGGACAUCUACCUCAUGGUGAACAGAGGAAACGACUUCCUCGGUCUUCCCAGACUCCAGGUCCCCAACGUGGCCGUGAACUUCAAGAUCACGGGAGGAAUCCGUGGCCUCCUCGACGAUAUCGAGGCCAUCUACCCCAAGCAGAAGGUGCACGAACUGUUCGAAUACAAAUUGGCCCACUCCAAGGUGUUCGCCGGCUUCUACGCUCGCUUGAGUGCGCCCUCGAUGCAAAAUGUCGCCAACGGUAUUUUAGCUGACCCGAACUGGAACGGUUUCUUCGACAAAAUCUCGAAAGCUGGGGUUAAUGUCGAGGACGCCAAGGAAUUCAUAGAGAAAUUCUUCCAUGUUAAGAUCAACCAUUAA